AUGGCAGGGCAAGAGCCGGAGAUGGUGGGGUCAGUGGACAAAGAGGUGAUGGUGGGACAGGAGAGAGGUGGGCACAGUGGCGGGGACGAGCUGGAGGGGGACACCAUGAGCUGCUACAAAGACACCAUGGACAGCAGUGACGAGCCUUGGUUUGCACACAAAUACCAACACAGCCUGCCACUACUUAAACCUUUUCGCACUACCAGAAGACAUCAUCAUCCUAUAGAUAACGCUGGCUUCUUUUCCUUCAUGACUUUAAACUGGAUCACACCACUUGCAAGGAAGGCUUACCGGCUCUCGAAGCUUAAUAUGAAUGAUCUCUGGGAUCUUACUUCUCAAGAUUCAGCAGAAAAGAACUGCCAAAGGUUACAUCGACUUUGGGAAGCAGAGCUCGAAAAAUGUGGGAAGACAAAAGCAUCCCUGAGGAUUGUGUUAUGGCGUUUCUGUCGAACUAGAUCCCUGCUGGCUUUCUUGUGUCUCAUUGUCACAAUGGUGGCAAACUUUAUUGGCCCUGCAAUCUUUAUCCGAGCACUGCUCGAGUACUCAGAGGCUGCUGAAUCCAAUCUUCUUUAUGGGUUGCUUCUUUCCUUUGGCAUUUUUGCGGCAGAGCUCGUAAGGUCUUGGUCUUUUGCACUGAACUGGGCAAUGAACUACAGAACUGGAAUUCGGCUAAAGGGAGCAGUUUUAGCCCUGGCUUUUAGAAAGAUCCUGAAACUUAAAGAAUCAAAGGAUGUCACGACUGGAGAGCUUAUUAACAUGUGCUCUAGUGAUGGUCAUCGGCUUUAUGAAGCAGCCUCCAUUGGCUGUAUGUUAGCUGCAGGUCCUUUUAUUGCUCUCAUGGGACUGCUGUACACCGUGAUGUUCCUGGGACCAACAGCAUUAAUAGGUUCUGCUGCAUUCAUUUUGUUUUAUCCAUUAAUGAUGUUGGCCUCGAAAUUGACUGCCUACUUUAGGAAAUGGGGUAUCAGAAUCACAGAUCAGAGAGUGAGAACUAUGAAUGAAAUUUUAACCUGCAUUCGAUUUAUUAAGAUGUAUGCAUGGGAAAACACUUUUAUGCGUAAUAUUCAAGCUAUCAGAAAUGCAGAGAAAUCUUUUUUGGAAAAGGCCGGGUAUGUGCAGAGCGUCACCUCAGGAAUAGCUCCAGUGGUGGUUGUGGUUGCUAGUGUAUGCACAUUUACAUUACACAUGUCUCUUGGAUAUGAUCUGACAGCACCACAGGCAUUCACUGUAGUAACUGUAUUCAACUCAAUGACCUCAGCGCUCAAAAUGAUUCCACUUGCUGUUCGAGCUGCUUCUGAAGCUUCUGUUUCCAUCUCCAGAUUUCAGAAGCUGCUCCUGAUGGAAGAGAGCACAAUGAACAGCAGUGAAAAAAUAAAUGCAGACUUUGCCAUUGAGUACCGGGAUGCUUACCUGGCAUGGAAUUCAGGAAUUGUAAUCUCAAAGGAGACGUGUGAGGACCAGCCUAGCUAUGCAUCAAAGGAUAAUGCCAUUGACAAGAAAUGUAUUCAGCAGAAUAAAAACCUGUGUCUGCAGAAGGAUCCGUUCUUAACAAAUGGAAAUCAGAACACAAAGUCAAACCCCAUCUGUGCGGAAGAUUUGGAUUUGUCUAUAAUGGCGGGUUCACCUGUGCUUCUUAAUAUCAAUUUCACCUUACAAAGAGGUAAACUUGUUGGAGUUUGCGGAAGUGUUGGCUGUGGUAAAAGUUCGUUAAUAUUAUCCAUACUAGGUCAGAUGACUUUACUAGAGGGAAAAGUGUCAGUGAAUGGCAGCAUUGCCUAUGCAGCCCAGCAAGCCUGGAUAUUUAAUGCAUCCUUGCGAGAUAAUAUACUGUUUGGGGAAGAUUAUGAAGAAGAAAUGUACAAAAAGACAUUAGAAGCUUGUUGUCUGUACCCUGACUUUGAAUCUCUACCCACUGGGGACUUAACUGAGAUUGGCGAGCGUGGUGUUAACCUGAGUGGAGGACAGCGACAACGGAUCAGUUUGGCUCGAUGUCUUUAUAGUUCAAGCAGCGUUGUUCUUCUGGAUGAUCCUCUCAGUGCCGUAGAUGUGUAUGUAGGAGCAGAAUUAUUUAACAAAGCGAUUAAGAAUGGAAUGCAGAACAGGAGUGUCUUAUUGGUUACACAUCAGUUGCAGUACCUGACUGAAUGCAAUGAAAUUUUAUUCAUGAAAGAUGGAUAUAUUUCAGAGCAAGGAACUCAUGAAGACCUAAUGAAACUCAAGGGUGAUUAUGCUGUUUUAUUUGAGAGUAUGCAGCAAUCGAAUGUCAUUAAAAGCAAUGUGCAUUGUUCUAUAGAAAAGCAGAAUAACAAUAUACAAAGAAAUACAGAUACAGAUCUGAGAAAAAAUGUGGAGGCCAUAGGCAAUGCAGAAAUGAGACUUCUGAAGGUGGAUGGAGUCAGGAAGGGACUCUACAGUGGAAAUGAAGUACAUAAUACUGUGGCCUCAGCAGAGGGGGCUGGCACUAAGUCUCUUGAUUGCUCAGAGAAAGAGAGGCCUUCAGGUAUUCUCCAGGGAGAUAAAAAUGAUGAAGAAAAUAAUGUUGAUACAAAAUUACCUUUAGAAGAAGCAGAACUAACUGACCAACAUAACAAUGAAGAGGAGAACCAGGGUCUUAUGCAGGCAGAAGAGAAAGGUGAUGGUUCUGUGCCUUGGGAGGUUUAUGAAGUGUACAUCAAGGCAGCUGGAGGAGUGUUGGUAAUCAUCAUGAAUGCCAUGCUCUUUGUAUUAACCACAGGAAGUGCAGCAUUCAGUAACUGGUGGCUGAGUUAUUGGAUUAAACAAGGCAGUGGGAACAUUACAGUUACCACAGGCAAUAUAACAUUGUCGAGGGGCAGCAUGAAGGAUAACCCUGACCUGCACUUCUAUAUUUACAUCUAUGCUCUGUCCAUGGUGGCUGUUCUCCUGCUGAGAUUUGUCCGAGGAUAUGUCUUUGUUAAGAGUUCACUGAAAGCUUCAACAAAGCUUCAUGAUCUUUUGUUUCAAAAAGUCCUCUGCAGCCCCAUGAAGCUGUUUGAUACAACUCCACUUGGACGUAUCCUAAACCGUUUCACCAAGGAUGUGGAUGAGGUUGAUGUGCGACUUCCAAACCAAAUGGAACAGCUUAUUCAAAACAUGAUCCUUGUUUUCUUCUGCCUUGGUGUAAUCAGCUCAGUAUUUCCAUUCUUUCUCUUAUCUGUGGUCCCUCUAAGUCUGAUCUUUUUCUUAGUAAACCGGGCUUCAAGAGUGUUAAUUCGUGAACUGAAACGUUUGGAUAAUAUAAGCCAGUCUCCAUUUAUAUCUCAUGUUACAUCAACACUACAAGGAAUAACAACAAUUCAAGCCUUCAAUAAAACAAGUGAUUGCAUUCUUAAGUAUCAGAAACUUCUGGAUGUCAACCAAUCUCCAUACUUUCUCUUUAGUUGUGCUAUACGAUGGCUGGCAGUGCGCUUGGAUCUGAUUAGCCUUGCUAUUAUUACUGUAGCUGCAUUAUGCGUCGUGUUCAUGCAUGGAAAAAUAUCUCCAGCAUAUGCAGGUCUAGCUAUGUCAUAUGCCGUACAGCUUACAGGACUCUUCCAGUUUACUGUUCGUUUAGUUACAGAAACAGAAGCCAGAUUUACUUCAGUCGAAAGAAUUAAUUACUAUAUCAAGAAUCUGGAGCCAGAAGAAACCUGCCUUGCACCAAAAAAGUCAACUCCCAAAGAAUGGCCUCAAGAAGGUGAAAUAAAGUUUGAGAAUGUGGAAAUGCGUUAUCGUGACAACCUACCAUUAGUGUUGAAGAAUAUAUCAUUCAGUAUUAAACCACAGGAGAAAAUUGGAAUCGUGGGGAGAACGGGAUCAGGCAAAUCAUCCCUGGCAAUUACACUUUUUAGACUAGUUGAACUGUCUGGAGGUUCAGUCAGUAUUGACAACAUCUGCAUACAUUCAAUUGGAUUAAAAGACCUGAGAAAAAAGCUUUCUAUUAUUCCCCAAGAGCCUGUUUUGUUUGUUGGAAGCAUCAGGUCGAAUUUGGACCCAAUGAAUCAGUACACAGAUGAAGAAAUAUGGAAAGCUUUAGAAAAAACCCACAUGAAACAACACGUAGCUCAGCUACAGGGACAGCUACAUUUCCAAGUAGCAGAAAAUGGGAGUAACUUCUCAGUCGGUGAGCGACAGCUGCUGUGCAUGACACGGGCUUUACUCAGGAAAAGUAAGAUAUUACUGUUAGAUGAAGCUACAGCAGCAAUUGAUAAUGAAACGGAUGUCCUGAUUCAAAAAACAAUCAGCGAUGCAUUUUGUGAAUGCACCGUGCUCAUUAUAGCACAUCGACUUAAUACUGUGUUCCAUUGUGACAGAAUCAUGGUGAUGGACCAUGGAGAAAUUGUGGAGUUCGACAAGCCAUCAGUCCUUCUGUCUAAUGAACAAUCUAUUUUUCAUGCCAUGGCAGUUGUGGCAGAAAGAACAAUUUUUCCUGUAUCUUGACUAGUCUUAACUGAGGAAAGAACUGUAUGCUAAAUGCAGAAG